GGGUGGAUUGAUCUGAAAUCUUGUUCUGUUUUUUUUUUUUUUCUUUUUUUCUUGGAGUGAUUUCUGCGCUCUGCCGUGGAGCUUCAGAAGACAAACGAGAGGAGAAGAAACAAGCCGCGUUUACGCACAGCGCGCGCAAAAACGCGUUGUUAGUUUUUGCAUCCAACGUUUUACGUGAAUUUGUGAAUGAAAGCGGCUGAGGAAGAGGAGGCGGCGCAGGUUAAGUGGACGCUGCAUCCAGUGCACGGGUCGCCUUCUUUAAUGCGCAAAAAAGACGCGUUUUACCUCACCGACCGAAGCCCUUUCGUCGGGCAGACUUUUGCGCUGUUCUGGGGGGAGCUGCAAACUUUCUUCAUUUUAAAAAAUAAAUAAAAAGCUCAGAUUGCAUUCUUUCCCCCUUCAAACAUUUUGGAGGUGAUGUCAUCGGCCCGUGUUUUGGCUGCUGUUGCGCUGGAGCUCCAGAAUUGAGUCCGGGAAAUCAGGUGCAGGGAGCUGCUGUCGCGGGUGGCUGCGAGCGUGUGCCUCUCACCCCUCCGCCUUUCCAUCUGCUUUCACUUUCUCCCCAUCAUCAUUUCCCCGUCUCCCCGGCGCAGCAGCCAUGACCGAGCACGCUCCAGGGUACCCGGUGUCCAGCUCGCCGCCGCCGCGUCUUCAUCGCUCCAUCCCCGUCCAGGUGCUUUGCCUCCCGCGACGCGUCAUUUCGCCCGUGGCGGCUCAGCAUUGACACAGACUCUUACGCGCGCGCAUGCACUCCACGGAAUUAAUCAGUUUUAAUCCUUAUCUGUGGACGGACAUUUUCAGCAGGAAAAGUUACGGUCGGACUUGCUUGGAAAGUUUUUAUGAGCGGAAACGGCGUAUAGGUGUGGGUCGCGUUUGAACUUCGCUUCACCUGUUCGUCAGACUCCGGAGGAUUCAGCUGCGCCCCGCCUCGCCCCGCCCCGCCCCCUGCCCGUUACCGACCGCGAACCGCAGCCAUCCGUAUCGGCGGUGGCGCGCUCACACCCCGCUGACCCCGAGCCGCCCGUUGACGGUGAAAAGAUGCAGUCCACCGGCGCCAGCGGGAACGUCCGCCGACCCUGCCUUCAAACGGAUUAAACAAACCGGAUAGACGUGAAGCCGUGACCCGGAGAGCCGUUUCUCAAGCGCGCACGGAGCCACACGGACGCGGAGGAAGCGAUGUGGGCCUUUCUCUCCACGGUGGCUGUCUUGUAUAUCCAGAUGAUGCUGGUCAUGUGUAAUCCUCUACAGGUGUUUGGAGUGGAUGGGGUGAAUUUCAGCGUGCACGUGGAGAAUCAGACUCGUGCACGAGACGCCAUGAGCCGGCGACAUCAUCGCGUGUACCAGCUUUACAGCCGCACUAGUGGGAAACACGUCCAGGUGCUCGGACGCAAAAUCAGCGCCCGCGGAGAGGACGGAGACAAAUAUGCCCAGCUCGUAGUGGAGGCAGACACCUUCGGCAGCCAGGUGCGAAUCCGAGGGAAGGAAACCAAUUAUUACCUGUGUAUGAACCGCAGGGGGAAGCUCGUAGGCAAGGCCAGCAAUCGUAGCGCAGACUGCGUCUUCAUAGAGAAGGUUCUGGAAAACAACUACACAGCGCUAAUGUCAGCACGCUACACAGGGUGGUAUGUGGGCUUCACCAAAAGAGGGCGCCCUCGCCGUGGUCCGCACACGCUUCCCAACCAGCAGGAUGUCCACUUCAUGAAGCGCUUCCCGCCCGGAGAGCAGCCGGACUUAACGCCGUUCCGCUUCACCACCGUCAGCAAGAGGAGCAAGAGAGUGCGUGCUGCGCGACCACGUUAAUGUGGACGCCAAUAUCCCACUGCUAACGUUUACAUGAGGACUAGGAAUAAACAAAAAAACAGUCCUACUCCACAGUCCAGUGAAAAUGACACUGCUAAUGCAAAGCGGGACCGUCUUGUCUUGUUUGACCAGACAAUGCGAUGGCAUCACUUUAUAUUCCACUGGGUUGGACCUCUACAACCCUAAUAAUAAAUACUAGCUAAUUUACACCAGAGCUGUGGUUCACGACAGCUUACUUCAGACACGGAGAUGACUAACCAAAGCAAACACAAGCAAACGGCCGGCCCAGCACUCGGGCGGAGGAAGCAUUAAGCUGCACAUCCAAUGAAGACACGCAACAAAACACAACCGCAUUGGCCUGUAGACGCUGAUCGUGUUGCAAUUUUCCUAAGACAAGACUUGGACGUGAUCCCGCCUAAGGGAGAGGAGCAGAUAUACCCGAAGAAUGAAUGAAAGAAAGAAAGACAUGGACAUCCAAGAGAGAAACAAACGAGAAAGGCUACUGUUGUACGGGAGUGCUCCUUGGAUAAGACCUCUUAAAGGAUAUGGUCAGUCAAAAAUGAAAAUUUAGGCAUCAUUUACUCACCUCAUGUCACUCUAAACAACAGUUCAUAGUGAACACGUUCAUCAAAAGGACAAAAAAACAACAUAAAAGUGGUCCAUAUGACACAUGUAUCAUAUUCCUGGUCAUUGAAAAUCAUGCAGCAAAAGUUGUUAUUAAUUACAUUUUUAUUAUUAUUAUUAUUAUUAUAACUGAACAAAUUCACAGCUCUUGUCCAUACAACAACAGCUCAUUUAUAUUAUAAUUUAAAGAUGCGAUGAAACAGAAGUAUAGCAUCAGACCUUUUCUUCCGUAUUGUGAUGUACCAUUCAAAAGUGUGAUAAUUAUUAUUAUUAUUAUUUAUUAUUUUAAAUAUAUACACUAUACAAAAAAUGAUGGGUUAAAACAACCUAAGUUGGAUUGAAAAUGAACAAACCCAGCAAUUGAGUUGUUUUAACCCAGCGGUUGGGUUAAAUGUUUGACCAACGUGCUGGGCAGUUUUGUUUAACCCAAAUAUUGUUUAGAAAUUACUAUAUGGCUGGCUAAAAAUGAACCCAAAAUAGGUUGGAAAUUAAAAAUCAGACCAUACUCAAAAGGUGAACAUUUAUUAAUAAGCAAUUUAAUAAAUGUUUAUUGUUUAAUUAUUAUUCAUUAAACUUAUUAAUAAAUGUUCAUUUAUUAAGCAUGUUAAUAAAUGCUAAUUUCCAACAUACUUUGGGUACAUUUUAAGUGAACAAUAGUGUAAUUUUUAAAUAAAACUGCCCAGCAUGUUGGGCAAACAUUUAACCCAACUUGGGUUGUUUUUAACCCAGCAUUUUUUAGAGUGUAGUAUCACUCCUAGUUUGAAGGUUGAAACAAGUAGCAUCAAAUAUUUUCUUCUGUAUUGUGAUGUACAUCUCAAUGUAACGGAUUAUCAGAAAAGAACAAAUUUAGGGCGGGGACUUGGUUCUAAGCAUCAGUUGUUGAUUGGGUGUUGAGAUGUAGGCGUGGCUCUCAAAAGUGAGCUGGCAGGGGCGGAGUUUAAGCGCACUAAAUAAUUGGAGAAUCCUGCAUAUGUCACCAGGGAGAAGUCUGUCGUUUCACCGGAAGAUCUAGUUAUGACAUUUAAUUAAACAUUACGAGGUCAAAAUAAAACAGAUGCACGGGUGAAUUGUUCAUUUCAUGUCUCUGCCCCUUGCAUAAAUCAUCAUAUCACUUCAGAAGACCACAGUUAUCGUGUUUUUUUGUUGUUGUUUUUUUGGAGUAUGAGAGACGUGGUCACUAUGAACUGUAAAUGUGAGGUGAGUAAAUAAUGACAGAAUAUUCAUUUUGGGCUGAACUAUUCAUUUAAAGCUAAUGAACGAAUGAAUGUAACGCUGUAUAAGUGUGUGUGAUGGCGUAUUUCAGGUUGCAUUAAAGACCAUGAGGGAUAUAAUCAUACGUGACUUAUAACAAAAAGAUGGCCAUUGCUGGAAGGAUGGAAUUUACCAGAACUGGAAUGUAAAAGACGAUAAUGAGGAAACUCUCUCAAAGCUGCACCAAAUACAAACUAAAUGACCAAAGACAAAUGGUGACCAAUGACAGUGACAACCUGAACAGCGAGGACAUGGACGUGGUGGGUUGCCACAAAAAGACACGAGGAGCAACGUUCCUGUUUGGAUUCCAUGUGGAAUGCUGCUACUGGGAAAUAUAACGGAGAACCAAAGUCUUAUACCAGCUUAUUAAAGGGAAAACAUUACAAAACCUUUUCUAAAUAUAAAUAUAUAAAUAUAUAUAAAUAUAUAUAAAGAUUAAUGCUGACUAAGUGAUAUUACUUUGACUGCUACUAUCAUUGUUGUUACUAUAAAAGAAUUUCACUUAUUUAUUUUAUCUCUGUGUACGGCAAAAACCUUUCCAAAGCCAGUAAACUCUACAGAAACGUG